AUGGAUGAACCUGCCGUUGGCGAGAACUGGACCACAGAGGCAUCUUCUCAACCUAGGGUGUCCUAUGGUGAGAUGGGCGUCCCCCGGCAGACCAUGGAGGAGCUGAAGACCAUCCUGAGGGACAGUCCUCUGCUCAGCAUCCGGGGAAGAGAUGAUGGGAAGCCAGGGAGUCCUUAUACGUACCUCCAUGGAAGCAGCACCUGCAGUGGUGGAGGUGGUGGUGGAAGGCCCGACGGACGGCAGGACGAUGGAAAUCCCAACAGGGCGUUCAGCACCUUCAAACCCCACUCUGACGCUUCCAGAAGGGGGCCCAGAUCCAGAGAUAGCACAUCUAUUCAGCUGCCUUCCAGCAUGGAUUCGUCCAGCUCAUUCAGGUCUGAUGCCAACACAAAUAGGCAGCCUGGAGUCAGGGCAUGCACAUAUGCAGGCGGCAGCUACUGGGAAGAGACCGGAGCUUCUCAUACAGAUAACGAAAACGAGACCAUCGAGAUCUUUGGGAAUCAGAGCUUCAUUUCAGCCAUGGAGCAGAUCAAGCAGCAGAUCGCCAGAGAAAACAUCAACUUCGUCCGCUUUGAGGCCACCGAUCUCCACGGGGUGUCCAGAUCCAAGACAGUGCCUGUCCGCUUCUUCCAUGAGAAAGCAGUAUAUGGGGUCCCGAUGCCGAGAAGCUACUUGGAGCUGACCCUGAGCCCUAAGAGCAACGAAGUGGACAAUGCCAGCACUGCCAACUUCAGCAGUGAUAUCCUUCUGAUCCCUGAUCUUUCGACCUUCAGAGUCUUACCCUGGGCUGAGCAGACAGCCCGGGUCAUCUGCGACCCCUGCACGGUGACAGGAAGCCCCCUUCGCACUUCACCUCGCCUCAUUGCCAAGCAGCUCCUCGGCCAGCUCCAAACCCUGGGAUUCUCUCUGCACUCAUCCUUCACCUAUGAAUGCUGCGUACUUGGAGCACCAGACCGGAUAGGCCCAAAGACACUCUUGUUCCCUGCCACCACCCUGCUCAGCAACCAUGACCUGCCUUUCUUCCAGCAGCUGGUGGAUAGCAUGUACUGCAUGGGCGCAGACAUUGACAGCAUCGCCUCUGCAAGUGGCCCCGGCCAGAUGGAGAUCAACCUGAGGCCAGAGUUUGGAAUUGCGGCCGCAGAUAGCGCCUUCACCUUUCGCACCGGCAUCAAAGAGAUGGCCCGUAAACAUAGCUACAUUGCCAGCUUCUUCACCGAUGACGGUCUCUACAAUGCUGGGGUGCUUUCUCACAGUUUGUGGGAUGCUAGUGGCCGACGUAGCCUUUUCCACAGCGGCGAGAAGGCAGGUGAGUUGUCUGAGAUCGGCAGGAAAUGGCUGGCCGGGCUCCUCACCCACUCUGCUGCUCUGAGCUGCCUGAUGUCGCCCGGCCUGGGCUGCCGGAGCCACAUUGCCAAAACGAUCAAAGACCCCAAACGAAUGCUGUGCGCCACUUGCGGCUGCAACGAUAACAGCAGCUCCUUUAAUAUUAAGUGUCAUGGCGGGAGGGAGACGCACAUUGACAACAAGCUGGGCUCAGCCAUGGCCAACCCUUACAUUGUGCUGGCUGCUACAGCGGCUGCGGGACUGGACGGCAUCAGACGGAACCUGAACGUCGAUAGCAGCCUGAACAAAGCCCCCAGUCAGCAGAAGGAGUUUGCCAUUCCCGUGAAGCUUGACGAUGCUCUAGAGGCUUUGGGGGAGGAUCACGUCAUCCGCAGCGCCCUCGGAGAGCCGUUUGUUCAGUAUUUCAUUGCCAUGAAAAAGUUUGAGAUUGAGACCCAAGAACUGGAUGAUGAGAGGAACAAGUGCCUGGAGUAUUUUAUCUAG